AAAGCAUACUUACUAAGCACUAGUUAGGUUGUCUCUAAUACGUUGCAAUUUUGGUUCUACCUACAAUUUAAAUGAACUACAUCUGACUUGAUUAUGAAAUUAUUCAUAUGGCGAAUAAGCAAACGAGUCAUUUUCGGAUUUUGCGUUUCUGCAAAAAUUGUGUCGUUUCGAUUAUUUUUAAAUUUUCUUUCCACGAACCGAGAUAUUUAUUUAACGAAUCGAUGUAUUUUGAGUAUUAUUCAAAACAUCCGAUUGAUUAUGAUACAGAAAUAAAUAAAUGAUAGCAACAAUAGAACUCCGUUGAUUACCAAUCAUUUACAGUGCUCGGAGUCAUCAAACUCAUCAAUUAGCUUCUUCAUGUCUCAUAUGGCUUGUAUUGCCAAAUUUUCUUUCGGAUUUUUUUCUUCUUCUGUUUAUUUCCUUUCCUUUAAUAUAAAAGAAAAAACAACGCGCUCAAUACUUUCACAUCAAAAAUUGAAAUGACCGUCGGGUGUCCAUCUACAUAUAUCUCUGUAGUCUGUAUGGAUUUACCAACCGAAUGACCUACGUACAUAUUUACUGGCAUUACGAGGAAAUAUCGCAAAUACACAAAUAUCCGAACAUAUGAGCCUAUAAAAUACGCCGAAAUCUUCUGUGUUUAAGCUGGGGAAAUUCAACGUGUAUUUUCACUCGAGAAAAACAUAUCAUUUAACCGUGCGCACAACAGCAUUUCGAGAAAUCUUUCUUUUUUUUGCCACUGUCGACGAAAAAAAUACGCGAUUUUCAGUGUGUAAAAUGUUAAGUACUCCGCGCAUCUCUCGAAGUUAACAAGUUUUUUCUUUUCGGUUUUUUUUUUAUUUUAUUAUUUGCCUCUUUUUACGUGAACUACAUUCUUCAAAUUGUGCACUUUGACAAAUAUUCAACAAGUUUUAAUGAUUUCGUUUUGUAAGUUUUCCGUAUAACGGAAGAGGUGUUAAGAAAAUAAUUAACUGCCGCAACGUGAAGUGAUUUCCUUGUUGAGUCGAUGAAUUAAAAAUAAUUUCGUGUCUCAUGGUUAUAUGGGUAUGGAAUGGUGAAUAAAUUAAAGAAAAAAAAAGUUUAUCUGAACGGCUGGCUUGAUAUCUAUUAUAUAUAUCAGGCUUUAGGUAACCCCUAAGCUAAAAUUAUUGAAAAUUUCUUAAAUGUUGACACACACAGACAGAAUAUUAUAAAUUUGGAAUUCUCUGUGUGUUUAUUUAUUUAUUUAUUUCACUUAAAAUUUUCUGUUUUAUACGAAAAUAAACUUUGUGUGUGAUAAAAAUAUUUCUUUUUUGUUAAAAACAUCCGAAAAUAAAUCCAACAUUGUGUAGUAACCGGACUAUUAAAUGGUUGGUGCCGAUAGCGCAGAGUGUGCUUCAGCAAAUUUUUCGUAAUUUGUAUGUCAAAUCUUAAAACAAAAGAGAAACACUUGUUGUGUGUUCUAAAUUCAAUCCAUUGAUUUUCGAUCGAUUUUUGUCCCGACAAGAACCAUCGUCAUGUUACGACGAACGUAGUAUUUCUGGAUUACAUUACGACAAUAACACAAGGACCCUUGUGGCGAACAAGCUCAACAUUAAGGUGGAUUCGAACGUAAAUGAUAUCAAGGAAAUUUCCACCAUGAAAAAUUUCAUGGAUGAAGUAGAUGAUCGUAAAGCCUCUUCAGGUGGGCCUAGAAAGUCGGCACUACAACGGUCGGCAACUCUACCUGCAAAUCCUAAAAACAAUCCGAGGAAUCGAGUCACUUUCCGUGUUCGAUCACCAUCUACGGAUCAAGCAGAACGUAGCAACAUCCAUAACAUAAAAAUGACAUCCGAAGAUCUGCUGCAACCCGGCCAUGUCGUGAAGGAACGAUGGAAAGUGGCACGAAAAAUUGGUGGCGGAGGGUUCGGUGAAAUUUAUGAGGGUCAAGAUCUGUUAACUAGAGAACCGGUUGCAUUGAAAGUGGAAUCAGCUCGACAACCGAAGCAAGUCCUUAAAAUGGAAGUGGCUGUGUUGAAAAAGUUGCAAGGAAAGGAGCAUGUGUGUCGUUUUAUUGGCUGUGGGCGAAAUGAUCGCUUCAAUUACGUUGUGAUGCAAUUGCAUGCGAAAAAUUUAGCAGAGCUGAGACGGGCACAGCCGCGUGGAGCAUUUUCAUUGAGUACAACACUACGGUUAGGCAUCCAAAUACUGAAAGCAAUUGAAACGAUACACUCGGUGGGAUUUUUACACAGAGAUAUUAAGCCGAGUAAUUUUUCAAUGGGUCGCCUCGCAUACAACUGUAGACGUGUUUAUAUGCUCGAUUUCGGAUUGGCUCGUCAGUAUACAACGGGCACUGGAGAAGUUCGAUGUCCUCGGGCUGCAGCUGGAUUUCGUGGAACCGUGCGAUAUGCAUCGAUUAACGCACACAGAAAUCGCGAAAUGGGGCGGCACGACGAUUUGUGGUCAUUGUUUUAUAUGUUAGUCGAGUUCGUAAACGGUCAGUUGCCAUGGCGUAAAAUAAAAGAUAAAGAACAGGUUGGCCUUAUGAAAGAGAAAUAUGAUCAUCGAUUGCUGUUGAAGCAUCUGCCUUCUGAUUUAAAACAAUUUUUGGAGCAUAUUCAAUCGCUCGGCUAUGCUGACAAGCCGGACUAUGCCAUGCUAGCAUCAUUGUUCGAACGUUGUAUGAAACGCCGUGGCGUUAAGGAUAGCGAUCCAUUCGAUUGGGAAAAGACUGAGGCAGUUGCUGCUAACAGCGGACAAUCGAAUUUGUCUAGCAAUAUGCAAAGUGCGAUUCAAAUGAAAAACAAUGAACCGGUUCAUGGAAACAUAACGCAGAUGACGGUGGCCGUGUCCAAUGGAAGUGGAAUGGAAUAUGCACGGCGAAGAGUUGAUGCCGAUACGGUUCAUAUGGCAACAACUGAACCGGCUAAUCAACAUCAUAGAGACAAGCUUCAAGUUGAUAAAAACUGUAAUGCCACUCCAAUCGCACCGCAACAACUUCAACAAACCGGUCCGCCGGGCGGUAGUGUAAAUCAAAAUGUAUCUGCCAGCCUAACGAGCAACGUAGUCAGACAACCAACAGAGCAACAAAAUCCACAUUUGCAUUACAUCAAUGUGCAAAAGCCGAACCAAGGAUCCAUUAACAGCGGUGGAGUUACAAAUAAGCAGAGCUUGUCUAACGACUUAAUAAUCUCCCAAUUUAAGCAACAGUCAGUUGGUAACUUCAACAAAGGUGACAAGAAAGCGAACAAUGAAGCGAAUCAAAAUGAUGCAAGUCCAGUUAAACGGCGUUCGACUUCGCAAAUGGAUAAUGAAGUCGACAAUCCGUAUAACGAAAAUGGAAGUCAACCGAUCAAGAUGACUGCUGAAAAGACAACAUAUGGUCGUUUACGUGUCCUCACCGCACCACCGACCAGUGUCCAUGAAAUGGCUGCAUCCGAUACAGCAUCGCCACGCGAAAAUGACGGCUCGCCAUUUUCAUUCGAUAAAGGAGCUGUCGUUAGUUUGGGUGGUUCUGAUCAACAGCGACGUAAUGUUAUCAGUAGUGCUGGCAGCACAUCCCGACGAAGCAACCUUCGACCAUCAUCGGGAACAGGUUCGACACAACGGUUAAGCGGUUGCACGACAAGAGAUCAUUCUGUUACACAGUGCGCUUUAAUUGAUGACGAUAAUGUAUCGGCUCUGCAACAGGUCACACGUGGUGGUGGUGCAUUAACUCUGGCAUCGCAAUGGAAAAGUCAAUUUGAUGACUCCGAGGAAACAACUGAUAAUGAGUGGAAACAAGAGCCACAGAGUCCUGAUCAUAAGAGCCACGUCGUAUCACAUUCUCUACAGCAUCAUGCUAGCAAAUUGAAGAAGAAGGAAUCGAAAAGAAAAAGGUGUCACUUGAACAUUGCCGGCAUUGAGAACUAUACAAAUUUGCAAGAUUUAUUGCCACAUUGCUGGUCCGAACCUUCACUCGGUAAUGUCUUGCGACGACAGUUGGAGCCGCCCAUUUUGCAGCAAGCUGCAUUCGAUGACACAAUUUUCCGCAUGGACAUAAUCCGUAAUGUCGGUGUUCGCGAAACGUGCGGUGAUACAUCAAUCAAAUCCGCAGAAAAUCUGCACCAUCGCUAUAGUUUGCCAAACAUUAACUUUAAAGAGACUGAACACAUACGAUGCAAUCGCCAAGUUCUAGCUGAUUCGAAACCAACCGUUAAUCAUAAAGCGAACGCGGUUCAGUCACAAUUAUCGAAAACGUAUGGGCGUCAGAAUACAGUAUCCGAGCCACAAGAAGAUGAAUGCGCUGUCAGCGGACGGUUGGAGAUAAGAGUUUUGCCCCAAGAGCAAAGUCCCAAUCCGGACGAGUCAGUUUAUUUUGACGCUAUGACCAAUGGUGGUGGCGCUGUCGUGAACAUUAGAAGUGACAUAAUUGAAACGAAAUCACAGAAAUUAAAGGAUGCAUCUCCGAAUCGUGACCUAGUGGAGAAGAAACCAUCCGUUUUCAGAACACCGUCACAGGUCGAAAGUCAAGUGUUCAACAGAUCUCUGAGUGGGGAUACGGUAGUGAAACCAUUGAUCAAAGCAAAGCCAACGGUCGAUCAAAUCAAUUCCAAAAUUCAAGAAAUUGAAUUGAGCAGGUCAUUAGCUUUGAGUGAUAUGAACAAGUCGACUACUAACGAGCCCGUCAUUGAGAAACCGUUACCGAAUAUGGAUCUACCGAACAAGAAAACGCAUAUCGAUACAACCAAUAAACGGGAAUUCCCGUUGAUUUACCCAGAGGAUGUUCCAUCCAAUGAAUUUCCACCGAAGCAGCUGGUUCAUGCUAUGACAACAGAUUGCAGUGUGAGCAGUCAGGGAGCGGUAGCUGGAAUAAACGAAUGUUGUGGUGUUGCUGGCGGUCAACGGAUGACAAUGUCUCAUUCUCAAAGUAGCAGCUGUGGUGCUGCCAAUGUUGAUGGAAGUUUCAACAAAAAGGAACGGGAUGGUUCAUCCAGUAGUCGUAUUCCAAUACUAAAUCCGAAUCUACGGAUAUCCAAAUGUGCUUCUUGGGCUGGUGGAGAAUGUCCACAUUCGCCGGAAAUUCAAGAUUUAACACCAGCUUUACGACGUCGUCGACAAAAUACUGAAAAAUACGUGACUGAUCCAUCACAAUUGAAUUUAAGAUUUUCUCGGCCGAAAUCCCGAAAUAUGACACGCGCCAGGGGUGUUCCAUCGCAUUUGCUAGGUAGCGGCCAUUUCGAGCAAGACAACUCAUCGGACAACAGUACGGAUGAGAAAUUGACAAAUCGCUUAUCAACCCAACCGCCAGAUUCCACUGACACCGAUCGGGAUCAACAACUUCCUAUACCCAAUCAGAUAUCAUCCGCACUUCAUUCCCAUCAACACAAUGCCGACGAACAAUUAUUGAACGCCUCACACGGUGUUAUACGACCGACUGCUCGCAUCGCUGACGAAUGCAGCAACAGCUCUAACUAUUACGAUGCGCUACGCGCAACAUCUGGCACGGCCAUUGAAUUAAUCGAGGGUACGCUUAAUGGUAGGAAUGAUAAGCUAAGUGAAUGCAGAACGAAUAUUUUGUCUAGUCCAAUGAAGCCUCAUGGCCAUGAUUUAAGUGAUAUUAUUGAUAUUGGCGAUGUAGUCGAUUUGAAUGAAUUGCCACCACCACCGGGUGCUCCGAAGCCAGAAAACAGUGCACGAUUAAGACGCUAUAGGUUAAACGUAGAAUAAAUUGAAAUUUCCCAUUCAUAUUUUCCAUAUGCGGCGAACGGAUAUUUACAUGUUCGCCAAUAUAAUGCAGCUAUCAGCAGUACAGUUUCGGUUCGAUUUUUCGUUGUUGUGAUUGGAGAGAUGGAGCAAAGGGAAAUGAAUUUAUUUUGGAUUAUUUUUUGUGGAUCGAAUGUACUUGCACCGUAAUGGUUUCGUCAGUCAGUCAGAGUGACAAAAUCAGCGAGGAAAAUUUACACAGCAUACGUCAUGACAUUAAAAUGUAAGUCACCAGAUGGUAAUAAACAGGUAAAUUUUACAGCACACUCCUAGACCAAAAAGCCAAUGCAAUUUUUGUGAAAAGAUUUUUUUACUUUCCUUUCAUUUUCGAGAACUUUUUUUUUUUUUUUAAAUGUCAGUACAGUC